GGCGAGUGGUGAGUCGGCUUCCUGCUCCUUUUUACGGGCUGACAGAAGUGCUUCCCUCCUCCUUUCUCUGAGAGAAGGGCGACCCAGACAGGACAGUGAAAGGUGCAGCCGGCGGCAGUCUAGCUGAAGAUGUCUGAUAAUGGGGAGGUCGAAGACAAGCCCCCAGCUCCGCCCAUGAGGAAUACCAGCACCAUGAUCGGCUCCUGCAACAAGGACCCCGCCCCCCUCAACCAUGGCUCUAAGCCCCUCCCUCCCAACCCAGAGGAUAAGAAGAAGAAAGAUCGCUCCAUCAGAUCAAUACUCACAGGAGGAGGGGACAAGACCAAUAAGAAGAAGGAGCGUCCAGAGAUUUCUCUGCCCUCAGAUUUUGAACACACCAUCCAUGUUGGCUUCGACGCCGUCACCGGGGAGUUCACCGGCAUGCCAGAGCAGUGGGCCCGCCUCCUGCAGACGUCCAACAUCACCAAGUUGGAGCAGAAGAAGAACCCGCAGGCCGUCCUCGACGUUCUCAAGUUCUACGAUUCUAAAGAGACGGCGAACAGCCAGAAAUACAUGAGCUUCACAGAUAAAAGUUCAGACAACUACAGUUCAUCCACCACAACGAUCACGUUUUUGCCCAACUGCUUCAAGCCCAACACGCUUCAAUCGAUCGUUGAUAUCCUCGGAAUCCUGUCCGUGGACCAUGGCUGGUCUUCAGCGACAGUUCAGUGGUUUUGGCACAAGCAGUCCGACGUCCAGGUGAACUCAGAAUGGACAGAAACGCGGUGGCGACGGUCACUACGGGAACGGGACCAGUAG